AUGUCAUACUACGACAUUGACGCCAUUCUGACCGAUGCAGAGAAAAUCCCAUGCACUUUUCAACUCGAUAUUCCGGAUCUUGGAUAUCUGGAUAACGCGCCUGAUCGGCCGCUAAAGGCUGGCACCAAGGUCAACCUCCCCUUUUGGCUGGCUGAGAUGCUGGCCAUUGCAAAUGCAGGCGAUGUCGACGGCAAGCAGUAUAUUACGUUCGACCUUCCCCCGGCGCUUAGUAACGAUGUUGUUCAGGCCUUGAAGGCUGAUCCGCGGUCCGUCCCGCUCCGUGAUCAAAGCGCCCAUUUCUAUGCCCUUGCAACUCGCAUGAUGGAGCUGUCGGAUGAGCCCGAGCUUGCUUCCGUUCUUCGCAAGACCUUUGUCACUCGGGCAUCUGAGAUCGCGUUGCAUGCUCGUAAAGUGGGAGGAGUCGGUCACAGCAAAGGAAAGGGCUCAGAAGAGGGAAGCAAUCUCGGUAUUGGUGGUGCAGGCGAAGAGUUCCUUCGCGGCCUGGACGAGUGGGAGAGGAAACUCUUCCGCAAAGCUCACGAUGGUGCCAAAGCCACCAAGGAAUGGAUGGAAACCAUCAAAAGGCACUGA